CGGAAAUGGAGAGAAAAACACCACAGAAUCAGCUGACUUGACUGCGUUGAUGAAGGGUUUGCUGCGGUAGAAACAUCUGUGUUUAUUCAUUUAGAAACAUCGUUUAAAGGUGGUUUUUGUUGGGUCUCGGGGUCAGAUAUGCUGCGACCGAAGGCCCUGACGCAGGUCCUCAGCCAGGCCAACACCAGCGGAGUCCAGAGCACCCUACUACUGAACAACGAAGGUUCCCUCCUGGCGUACUCCGGUUACGGAGACACGGACGCCCGAGUGACGGCUGCUAUCGCCAGCAACAUCUGGGCGGCCUACGACAAGAACGGCCACCAGGCCUUCAACGAGGACAAGCUGAAGUUCAUCCUCAUGGAUUGUAUGGAGGGACGAGUGGCCAUAACUCGGGUGGCCAACCUGCUGCUGUGCAUGUACGCCAAAGAGACCGUGGGCUUCGGGAUGCUGAAAGCCAAGGCGGAGGCGCUGGUCCAGUACCUGGAGGAACCGCUGACCCAGGUGGCGGCAUCCUAGUGAAGAUGGACCUCUGAGUUCGACUGUCUGCCUUCUGAUCCGGGUCGUUCACGGACUUCUUCAACGUUCUGCUUGUUCACUGCGCGCUUCAAGUCUUUGCAGUCCUGAGUGAGGUUGUGAAUCAGGGCCGGUCUGAGUGUUUCUGUCUUCAACCGUCCUCAGAGUCCACUCGGUCCCCCGCAGCGUUCCUGAUCAAAGCUGCACGGAAACGGAACAUUUUGGAUCCUUGUCAUGACCCUUAAAAAUGCACAAGGUGACGGAGUUGUGUGAAUGUUCUGAGAGUUUCUGUUUUAAUAAUGAAGUUCACUUUUUCUUUCAAAAUUGUUCAAUAAAUUAUCAU